CCCUCUGUUACUAACGCUUUCAGUGUUCCCUGCUUCUGGUCUGAUAGUGAACUCUCCUCUGGAUCAGAGAAGAGCUGUAGGCCUGAUAGGGAAACAGAGAGGCUGAUUCUCCCGAGAGAUGAGGUCAGGGAGACAAUGCAGCUAGGACAAAGAAGCCAAAUAGUUUGUGCCAAAUUAAUUUCCCCAAAGAUAUUAACCUCCUUUGCUUCACCAUUCCCUAAGGCUACACUAAGAUUAUGAAAGGUGUUCAAAAUGUUGAAAUGAAAAUAAUAUGCAUGAUUUGUUUGCAUAUAAUUUUCAUACUCAUCUACUAUCUAAAUACAAAAGAAUCAUUUUCCUUCUCCAUUCUACCUCCUCCACCCCUUGCACCUGAUGUGCUAGUCAGGGCAAAAUCAGUUGACUGGUAUUUAAUUAGGUAUGUUCAGUUUCAGCCCCCCCUUUCCUUCUUUCCUUGUUCUUGAUCCUUCCAGUGUGGCCCAUAUUAGAAGCCUCUUUUCCUUUUCCACCCUGAUCAUUUUCACUUGCUAGCUCGUCUAAAGGACAUUUCUCUUCUUCUUCCUAAGUUAAUACUUACUCUUUAUCACCAAUCUCCUGUGGGCCAACCAAGGGGCAGGCAUUCGCUAGCCCUAAAACCAGUCCUUCUAUCCCCACAGUCACCUGAAAUAGUUGCUAAAAAUCUCAUUUCCCAACACCAGGGGGUGUCUCUAUUCCUGUAUCUGUCCCACCCUGAAGGUAGAGAUUAGUCCCAACCCUUUUCCCCACUCCUUUUACGUAGCCCCUAAAGCUCCUUCUCUCCCUACCGUCUCAGAGCUUUGGGUUCAGAAAGUGGUGUCUUUUUAUUGCAGAUUAUCGUAGGUCUCUCAUUCUGUCCGGACAUGCAUAGAUUUUGCUUUUUCUUAGUCUGUUCAUCUUUCGGUCUCCGUACCACCCACGAUCCCCUUUGCUCCGGCUCGCCCUUUCUUUCGCUACCUGUCUUCCACCUCUCUACAUGGGUUUCAUCGCCCUUCUGGGUUCUUCACAUACGCGUCUCUGAGCCUCUUUGUGUAUCCACCUUUCUUUUUCCCUGUCCCCCUCUUUAUGGAACUCUCCCUGUCUCACUACUUCUGUGCCAGUCUCUCUCCGUCUCUCCCACAGUCCCCACAGUAGGAACAAAGUCACGAUGUUUGCGCAGAACAUGCCUCGCGUCGCCCCGUCCGGGACCGUCACAUUCCACCGUGCCCCUCCGCGCAUUCCAACUGCAAACAAAGAGUUCCCCUCCCCCUCCUCCACUUUUCCCCGUCCCAAUUUCUGAGAGAUGUAGCGGCGCUGCCCAAACUGCCCCACGGCCGCCCCUCGCCUCCAGUCGGCAGGUCUCCACCUCCGGGCCAGUUACCACCAGCACCACCCUCCCCCUCCAGCGCACCAGAGAUCCCUGCGCAGACACCCCCGUUCCUCCUGCACACAGCGCUCCGCCCCUCCCGGAAAGUAGAUCCGGCCAGGCAGACAAAAGUUUGGGAGAGAAGUUCGGUCUGUGCUGAGUGUGAGAGUGAGGGGGGCGGGGGCCGAGGAGAGUGGGGCGGCAGGGCGAGUCGACGCGUGAACAGACAGACCUGCGGACGGGACAGCCGCGGCCGUAGGCCCUUCUAGCCCCGCUUAAGCUCUGAUGCGUGGGGGGAAGCAGCCCCUCUCGCUGGGGGAUGCUGCGGGAUUCCCGGUGCCGGGCAUCCGGGCCGCCCGUUAAACCCGUGUGCCUACCCCGUGCCCCCGGGGAACCGGAGUCCGGCCGCUGGGAAAGAGAAGCGGCCGCAGAGACGCUGCAGGGUGCCGGGCGGGGAGGGGGCUGGAGGCCCCAGGCCCGAGGGCAUGGAGCGGUUAGGGGAGAAAGCCAGUCGCCUGCUGGAGAAGUUAAGACUCUCGGACUCCGGCAGCGCCAAGUUCGGCCGCAGAAAGGGUGAAUCUAGCCGGUCUGGAUCUGAUGGGACCCCCGGGGCGGGCAAGGGGCGUCUGAGUGGGUUGGGGGGACCUAGGAAAUCAGGGCCCCGUGGAGCUACUGGGGGACCUGGGGAUGAGCCGUUGGAGCCAGCCCGGGAGCAGGGCCCCCUGGACGCUGAGCGGAACCCGCGCAGCUCCUUUGAGGCGCAGCGCUACGAAGGCUCCUUUCCUGGGGGGCCGCCUCCCACCCGGGCCUUGCCUCUACCUCAGUCAUUGCCCCCCGACUUUCGGCUGGAGACCACGGCCCCAGCUCUAAGCCCCCGCUCCAGUUUCGCCAGUAGCUCAGCCAGCGAUGCCAGCAAGCCGUCCAGUCCCCGGGGCAGCCUGCUGUUGGACGGGGCGGGGGCCGGUGGAGCUGGAGGUAGCCGACCCUGCAGCAAUCGUACCAGCGGCAUCAGCAUGGGCUACGACCAGCGCCACGGCAGCCCCCUGCCCGCCGGGCCAUGCCUGUUUGGCCCACCCCUGGCUGGGGCUCCGGCGGGCUAUUCCCCUGGAGGGGUGCCGUCCGCCUACCCGGAGCUCCACGCUGCCCUGGACCGACUGUGCGCUCACCGGCCGUCGGGAUUCGGCUGCCAGGAAAGCCGCCACUCGUAUCCCCCGGCCCUAGGCAGCCCCGGGGCUCUAGCCGGGGCCGGAGUGGGAGCGGCAGGGCCGUUGGAGAGACGCGGGGCGCAACCCGGACGACACUCGGUGACCGGAUACGGGGACUGCGCCGCGGGCGCCCGAUACCAGGAUGAGCUAACAGCAUUGCUGCGCCUGACGGUGGGCACGGGUGGGCGAGAAGCUGGCACCCGCGGGGAACCCUCGGGGAUUGAGCCGUCGGGUCUCGAGGAGCCGCCGGGUCCGUUCGUUCCAGAGGCCUCCCGGGCCCGGAUGCGGGAACCAGAGGCCAGAGAAGACUACUUCGGCACCUGUAUCAAGUGCAACAAAGGCAUCUAUGGGCAGAGCAACGCCUGCCAGGCCCUGGACAGCCUCUACCACACCCAGUGCUUUGUCUGCUGCUCCUGUGGGCGAACUUUGCGCUGCAAAGCUUUCUAUAGCGUCAAUGGCUCCGUGUACUGUGAGGAAGAUUAUCUGUUUUCAGGGUUUCAGGAGGCAGCUGAGAAGUGCUGUGUCUGUGGUCACUUGAUUUUGGAGAAGAUCCUACAGGCCAUGGGAAAGUCCUAUCACCCAGGCUGCUUCAGAUGCAUCGUUUGCAACAAGUGCCUGGAUGGCAUCCCCUUCACAGUGGACUUCUCCAACCAGGUGUACUGUGUCACUGACUACCACAAAAAUUAUGCUCCUAAGUGUGCGGCCUGCGGCCAACCCAUCCUCCCCUCAGAGGGCUGUGAGGACAUUGUGAGGGUGAUAUCCAUGGACCGGGAUUAUCACUUUGAGUGCUACCACUGUGAGGACUGCCGGAUGCAGCUGAGUGAUGAGGAAGGCUGCUGCUGCUUCCCUCUGGAUGGGCACUUGCUCUGCCACGGCUGUCACAUGCAGCGGCUUAAUGCCCGACAGCCCCCUGCCAACUAUAUCUGAACUGCAGUCGCUACUGCUGCCUUCGCCACCAUUGACAAAUUCCUCUGGCCAGAGGGCCCCUCUGAGGCCAGCCGAGGCAAGGAACGCACUCCCAGGCCGGGAAGAAGAGCCCUCUGGGGAAGGCCCCAAGGGCCAGAGACCCAAAGAUAUGACAUUCCAAAUGGAUUGUGGAGAAGGAACCUUCCAAUUGCCAUGGUGGGGUGACUGGCUUUCUUUCCAUGUGUGUAGCCUGUGCUGUAGCGUGUACUCAGGCACACACUGCAGGCGAGUUCCAGUACUUUCUAAAGGUCUGAUUCUGGUCUGUAUCUCCAGUCUAUGAUUAUGCAUAAGUCAAGUGAUGUUCCAGCUUUGGAUUAUAGGAAGAGAGGACAUCAUGAGCACUCCUCACUCUUUUGUACCCCUCAUGUGGGUCAAGUAUGGGGUCAGCAGGUUCUUACCACAGUGUCUUUGUAUCUGGAUGAAGAGAUGGACACUAGACCUUAUUAAUGAGUUUUUUUCUUGGCCACUUUCUCCCUAUAGACUAGGAGCACUGCUCACCCCUCUGCUGGGAAGGGGGACAGCUCUCAGUGGGCCUGUUGCCUGUAUUGCCUAUUUCUCAGGGACUCACGUGGGCCUGGGAAGGCUAGGUGGGUGCCCAUACUUGGUUCCUCUUCUCCUCAGUUGGGGAAGUAAUGAGUGGGUCCUUGGGGGUGGAGGUGCCAGGUGAGACAUGUAAGAAGUGUCAGGCCAACCACGCUCCGUGCACAUGCCCAGGUAUAGGUGCACUGAGACCUCCAGCCCAAUGUAGACACACAUAGGCACAUUCAUAGACACACUGUCUCACUCCCUUCUUCUCAGGUCACUCUUACCCAGUUCUCUCAUAGUCACUCACCACCCCAGACCUGCCACCUCUCAGAGGAAUCUAGGAUUAUAACCACUACAACUCCCAAACUCUGAGGUUCUGGGGAGCCAGAGGGGCAACACACUUUGAUCUGGUUCUAGUCGUUUGGCUGAAAUCAGUUUACCUAAGCUAGAUUCCCUUAAAGCCAAUUCGUGGGAGACUUGUAUGCUUAAAGUUUACUUGUUUUGGGGGGGGCAGGGAGGGUGCAAAAAAGGUGGUUUUAUUGAAAGCACGGGAAUAGGACCCAUGGGCAGAAAGAGCUGCCAAAGUUUACUUAAUGACCAGUUUGCCAAAAGCUCAGUCCCUUUGGGGUAUUUUUAUAGCCAUUUAGGUGUUUCGUUGUUAUGUUUUGGGUGUUUUCAAGAUUUACAUCUAUUCAUCCAACAGUACUUCUGAAUUAUUGUCAACAACAUAAAUUUAUCAAAUUUGCAGCACUUUGUAAUGUUGAGAUUGCUUCCUACCUUUAUGGACAUUUUCCUAUGUUAUCUACUUUUCAAACACUUUUCUAAAAAGUUUAAAGUUUCUAGCAAUAAAUAUAAUUGGUAUGGACA